UAGAGGGAGAAAGUGGGAACCGUCUCUGUUAAAGGUCAAAUUUCCUCAAACCACCAACUAAAACACCGAACGAAGGAGCUCUCCGCCGCCGUGCACGGCGAUUCCCGACGCCUCUAAUUCUUAUGCUAUAUUCGAUCGCCUGCGUUCCGCGACUCUCGUCGGCGGGCACGGAAUUCCCGGUGACUCACCGGUGGCCCGUAGGAAAUCGUCUCGUUGAUUAUUAUGAAGAACCAGGGAAAGGACAACGGUUGCAAGAGAAAUGGAUUCGUUCCUUAUUCUUUCAAGUUCAUAUCGUCUUGCCUUAAGACCGCCUCCUCCGGCGUCCGUUCUGCCGGCGCCUCCGUCGCCGCCUCCAUCUCCGGCGAAGGAAACGACCACAAAGACCAGGUGCUUUGGGCUUGCUUUGACAGGCUAGAACUUGGCACAUCUUCUUUCAAACAUGUCCUUUUACUCGGUUAUUCCAAUGGCUUUCAAGUUCUUGAUGUGGAAGAUGCCUCUAAAGUCAGGGAACUUGUCUCAAAGCGUGAUGAUCCAGUUUCAUUUUUACAGAUGCAGCCUGUCCCUGCAAAAUCGGAGGGCUGUGAAGGAUUCAGAACAUCACAUCCUUUACUCUUGGUUGUUGCAUGUGAUAAAUCAAAGAUCCCUGGUACAAUGCAAAACGUCAGAGAUGGACAUAGUGAAGUUCAAGCUGAAAAUAUUGCCAGCUCCGCUACAGCCGUUCGAUUCUACUCACUAAGUUCCCAAACUUAUGUUCAUGCUCUGAGAUUCCGUUCAACUGUCUACAUGGUUAGAUGCAGUCCUCAAAUAGUGGCUGUGGGUCUUGCUACUCAAAUAUACUGUUUUGAUGCUUUAACUCUUGAGAAUAAAUUCAGUGUACUCACUUACCCUGUGCCUCAGUUGGGAGGCCAAGGAAUGGUUGGGGUUAAUAUUGGCUAUGGUCCUAUGGCUGUAGGGCCCCGGUGGUUGGCUUAUGCCUCCAAUAACCCAUUGGUGUCAAACACAGGUUGCUUAAGUCCUCAGAGUCUUACUCCUCCUGCUGUCAGCCCAUCAACAUCACCCAGCAGUGGAAACCUGGUAGCCCGAUAUGCCAUGGAAUCUAGCAAGCACUUGGCUGCUGGGCUGAUCAACCUUAGCGAUAUGGGGUACAAAACAUUGUCUAAAUACUAUCAAGAUCUUAUACCUGAUGGAUCCUGUUCUCCUCUAUCAUCAAGUUCAAGCAGGAAAGUUGGUCGAUUUACAUCAAAUUCUACAGAAGCAGAUACGGCUGGGGUGGUUGUUGUCAAAGACUUUGUUUCUAGAGUUGUUGUGGCACAAUUUAGGGCCCAUGCUAGUCCUAUAUCUGCAUUAUGUUUUGACCCAAGUGGGACACUUGUAGUUACUGCUUCAAUUCAUGGUAACAACAUUAAUAUAUUUCGAAUCAUGCCUUCCUGCUCAAGGAAUGGAUCAAGUUCUCAAAGCAGUGAUUGGAGCUGUUCUCAUGUGCACCUUUACAAGCUCCAUCGUGGCAUGACAUCUGCUGUAAUACAAGAUAUUUGUUUUAGCCAUUACAGUCAGUGGGUUGCCAUCAUUUCCUCCAAGGGAACUUGUCAUAUUUUUGUUCUUGCCCCUUUUGGUGGUGAGACAGUUCUUAAGAUACACAAUCAGGACACAGAAGGGCCUGUUCUUUUGCCAAAUUUUUCUCUACCAUGGUGGUUCACUCCGCAUUUCACAGUAAACCAGCAGCAGCUUUGCCUGGCACCCCCAUCUCCUGUUGUUCUUUCUGUUGUUAGCAGAAUAAAAAAUAGUAAUGUCGGAUGGCUCAAUACAGUUGGUAAUGCUGCUUCCUCUGCAGCUAGGAAAGUCUCAAUUCCAUCUGGUGCUGUUUCUGCGGUCUUUCAUAGUUCUAUACCUCAUGAUUCAGCCAAUGGAUACUCAAAAAUUCAUGCUAUGGAGCACUUACUGGUUUACACCCCUUCUGGUCAUUUAAUUCAAUAUAAACUAUUACCAUCAUUGGUGGCAGAGUCAAGUGAAACUGCUUCAAGAACAGCCUCAGUUCCUUCAGCGCAAAUACAAGAAGAGGAUUUGCGAGUGAAGGUUGAACCUGUUCAAUGGUGGGAUAUCUGUAGGAGAUAUGAUUGGCCAGAAAGAGAGGUAUAUAUAUUGGGGAAUACUCUUGGUGGACUGGAAGCUGCAGAAAUUAUCUUGGAUAGUUCAGAUUAUGAAGAUAAUAGUGCUGGGAACAAUAAUGUUAUAAAUCUUAAUAAGCAAUGUCACUUCUCAAAUGCAGAGGUACAGUUAAGCUCUGGGAGGAUACCAAUCUGGCAGGAGUCUGAGGUGUCUUUCUUUGUGAUGAGUCCUUUGGAGGCUGGAGAGCUGAAUUUAUGUGAGCUUAGUACCGGCGGAGAGAUUGAAAUAGAGAAUAUUUCCGUCAAUGAGGUGGAAAUAAGACAGAAGGAUUUGUUGCCCGUCUUUAACCAUUUCCGUAGAAUUCAGUCUACUUGGGGGGACAGAGGUAUGGUUCUGGGAAGAUGCUCUAGCUCUUCUUCUGAUUCACACGGAACUGAAGAGAAGUUGUCAGAAAAUGCUGCAAUUUCCCAUUCUAAGUUGAUGCUACAUGGGUUAGCUGGAAAGGCAGAUGCUGGUACCACAAAUUUUGCUGAUAAUAUAACUACAAAGGUUAAAUCGUCAAAACAUGGAAAAGCCAGUGACAGUUCCAAUUCAAGUUUUAGUGGUUGUGAUUUGAAUAUGAAUUUUACUUGUGAGGAGUCAAUUCGUGACUCACCAGACUAUGAGCAAUUUUUUCAAGAGGGUUGUUGUAAAGCAUCAGUUGACUGUCAUGAAUCAACAGAAGUUGCUACUGAUGUGGGUUGUAGCAGUCCCUGUGGCAGGGAGAAAUCUGAUGGAGAUGGUGAUAACGAUGACAUGCUUGGUGAUGUAUUUGACUUCUCUGAGGAAGGUUGAUAACUGCUUUUUUUAUGCUUGCCUCCCUCGUCGAAUUGUUGUAAAUUGGUGGUGUAAAGGAAUUAAUUGACAAAUGCAGGUGAUUUCCUCGCAACAAGCUAAAUGCUGCUGACCAUUGAUUCAAGGAAUUUAAAGUUCUUCACUCACAAUAUUCCUUCCCAUUCCAAUGAUUCUUCUGACCUUCUAAUUUUCAUGUAAAAGUUGUAUAUUGAAAUUCAUAACUUCAAAUUAUUUGUGCAGCCAUUGGGUGGGUUUUUUAUGUUUGUAUUAUAUUAAUUUUUUCAUAGUUCCUAGCUUUUGAUGGAAAGGGAACAAAUCAAAAAGACGGAAAGGGGGCAGGGAAGAGAGAGAAAGGGAAACAGAAAGGAAGAAGGAAUGGAACCAUGCCUUAUGAAGUAGCUUGUUAUUCUGUUCGCUUAUGUACUCAUUCAUGCAGGAUUAUUUAUAUUUCUCAUGACGCUCUUGGUGGGUUCAAGAGAUUCAUUUGUC